CGUUGCUCGCCGUGAGGCGGCCAGUGGGAGUGCGCUUGCGCAAGAGAAGGACCGAGCUGUUCCUUAAAUCACCUGAGGAGGGGAGUGGACGGGGCCGCGCAGGCCCACCGUGAGGGGAGGAAGGUGAUGGAGCGGGAGAUGGCCGCGCGGUUUUGGCAACCGCGGCGGCGGCUCUGGGCCUUCUGCCUGCCGUGCUGCUUCUUGUUGUGGUACCGCCCAGUGACAGGGAUGGAGUCCACCGCGUCGCCUUCGCCAUCUCCCGCUACGCCAUGUGCUGCUUUUACUCAAAAGACAUGUGAAGAAUGUGUAAAAAAUACCAAAUGUCUUUGGUGCAGUGUCAAUUCCACUUGUAUGGACUAUCCUGUGAGGAAACUCAUCCCACCAUCUUCGCUGUGUAAACUUACAGACGCUCAUUGGGCAGUUUGCUGGGGCAACUUUGAGGCUAUAAUCAUCAGCAUUGCAGUUGUAGCAGGCUUCCUUCUCCUCCUUAUAGGAUGUUGCUGCUGUUACUGCUGUUGCAGACGUCGUUCUAGAGGGCGGCCGUCUGAAGAAGAAGAAAGAUUUAUCAGAGAUCGGGAAGAAAAAAGAAUGCAGUCACUUCAGCGAAAACAUGAAAGAAAAGUGAAGCAUGAUGAGAUACGGAAGAAAUAUGGUCUCCUUCAGGAUUCUGACCAUCCAUAUAGCAGAUAUGAGAAUGAAUGAAAAUGGAUGCUACUGUGUCUCCUUAAAGAUGGCAAAAAUGUGAAGUUAAUUUUCUGGUUCCAGUUUAAAUCAACAAAUAUGUGCAUAAAUGCUUAAUAGAAAAUGGUCUUUCCCCCCCUUUGUAAGCAGCAUUCUGUUUGUGUAUGUACCAUUUUUUUUCUAAUAUAGAACACAUCAGUGGUUCCUUUUCUCUCUUUCCCCCAACCCCUGUUCCUUUUCUAGACCUCUUAUUUAAUGGAAUGCAAAUUGAGUACAGAAAUAACAAUCAUGUCAUUUCCCCUAACACUCUAACCUUUAUAAAACAAAGAUAUCAUCGUCUUUUCCACAUAAUGCUAAAUAAAGACCUCCUUUAAAUCUGUGUCAAGUAAGUGUUGGCAAGUAUUUGACACUACAGACAUGUGUGGUAUCAAGUGAUGACAAAUAAUUACAGCCUAUGCCACUUCCAAGACUGUUAAUAGAAUAUGAGGGGUGUAUGUGAGAGAAUGCUGGUGUGAAAUGGCCACCUUGGGCACAGUAACCAGACCUGGAUAGCUCUUGGUGUUGCUAAGCCAAUCAGUACUUUCUUGCACUGCCCCAGCUCCUUGAAUGUGGGUACCAAAUGGAUAAAACAUAUCCUUCCCUCUGGCUUUUCAAUAAUCUCUAUCUUUAUCUCACUCUUACACAUAAACACACACACCAGUUGACUUGCAGUGGCACACAUUCUCUCCCAAUAACUUGUUGCUCCAUUUGGGCCUUCACUGCAGUUUGAGCAGACAGCUCCAUUGCCACUUAGGGAGAUAAGUGCCCUGCUUAGGUGUUGGGAGAGGGUUCUGAUUUGUGACCAUUAUAGACCAACAUUUGAAUGACAAUGGAUAUUCAACAAUACCUGAUAGCCUUGUUCAAUUUUUCUACAACAUGUAGAAAGCGAAUAAAUUUUUCUAAUGUAUAA